CUGAUGGAGUACGUCGACGGCCAAUCGCUGGCUCAGGUGCUAGAGGAGCAAGGCAGGGGCUUCUCUGAGGGGCGGGCCGCGGCGAUCCUCCGGCAGGUGCUGUUGGGACUCAAGUACCUGCAUGCCAACCAAGUGGUCCAUGGCGACAUCAAGCCGGCCAACAUCCUCCUGGUCCGGGAGACUGGAAGCGUCAAGAUCGCAGACCUGGGCACAGCGACGGAGGAGGCAGCGGGCCGGGCCCUCCUGCCCUUCGGGACUCCCGGGUUCAUGGCGCCCGAGGUUGUAAGGGACGGAGUUCCAAACUUCCUCUCCGACAUCUGGAGUCUGGGGUGUACCGUCCUCCAGCUGCUCACCGGCAAGCUGCCAUGGAGCGAAGACGACAACAAGUUCUCUGCGAUGCUCAAGGCGGGCCAGGGGAAGCAUCCUCAGUUUCCUAGAGGCCUGAAACCCGACACCCUUUCCUUCCUCGAGAGCUGCUUCCAGCCCAGCUACAUGGACCGGCCGUCUGCUGAGACGCUCCUCUGCCAUCCGUUUGUG